AUGACGGCAUUGAAUCCUGGAGACGACUUUCCGUCCAAUGUGACAUUCUCUUACAUUCCUUACGAUGAGAAGACCUCGGAUGAAGCUGCUUGUGGUCGACCCGUAGAUCUCGAAGUCUCUAAAGAGUUCAAUAACAAGAAAAUUGUGCUCGUUGCAGUUCCGGGAGCUUUCACUCCCACAUGUUCCGCCCGACACAUCCCUGGUUUCCUCGACCGUCUCGAGGAUUUCAAGAAAGCCGGCGUUGACAAGAUCCUCGUCGUUGCUUUCAAUGAUGCAUGGGUUAUGAAUGCGUGGAGAAGGGAAAAUGGCGUCAAGAAUGAUUACACGCUCUUCGUCGCUGACCCGUCCGCUGCGUUUGCCAAGAAAAUCGGCUGGACCAAAGGCGAGCGGACUGGACGCUUCGCCAUCGUCGUCGACAACAAUAAGGUUGUGUAUGCGAAGAAUGAACCCGGCAGCGAACUCACUGUGUCCUCGGCGGAAUCAGUGUUGGCAUUCUUCCAGAAUGCCUAA